AUGGCCAAAAAAAGAAGAAACAAUCAUUGUGCCAAAAAGGGCCACAGCUAUGUGCAGCCAAUUCACUGCAUGAACUGCACCCGGCGCGAGCCCAAGGACAAGGCCAUUAAGAAGUCCAUCAUUCCGAACACUGUAGAGGAUGCUGCUCUCAGGGGCAUAGCCAAAACGAGUGUCUCUGACGCUUGGGUACCUCCCAAACUCUACAUCAAGCUGCAUGACUGUAUGAGCUAUGCUAUUCAUAGCAAGGUAGUCAGGAAUCGAUCUUAUGAAGGCCAGAAGGACCAAACAGCCCCACCACAAUUUAGACCUGCUGCUGCUGCACCACAACCCCCACCAAAGCCCAUGUAA